GUGAACGACAACACUUUACUUUUCUGUAUGUUCCGUCAGAAGGUAUCAAAAGAAACUCGACAUUGAAAUUUUCACGAUGCGAGACUUCAGUAGUAAAUAAAUUUUGAUAUAUGUUUCGCCUUUUUACGAUAGUGACAGUGCUCUUGAUGACGACUGACGCAGAAUUACAUAGGACUUUAUCGCAUAAGAUGGAUUCCACUCGAGAAUCUUCGAAAAACAUUGGCACCAACGUGCAAGAAAUUCUUUCGUUAAAUGAUAAUCUUCCUUCAGUACGUUUGACUAAUUUCAAAAAUGUAAAUUACUAUGGCUGUAUUAAAAUUGGAACUCCACAGCAAGAAUUUAAAGUGAUAUUUGACAGUCGUUCCGCAAAUUUUUGGGUAUUCUCCGAAAAAUGCACAAACCCUAUUUGUUCAAGACAUAAAUAUGAUAAAACAAGAUCCAAAACAUACAAUGAUAUAAAAAGUAAAGGUAUUUGUUUAUCAUAUAAAUGUUUCGAAGUAGAAGGCAUCUUAGCUGCUGACACAGUGCAUGUUGCCAACCUCAGUGUCAAAAAUCAAACAUUUCUAGAAGCGGUAUACAUAUUGGAUGAUAUUGAUACAAACAAAAGUAUGUGUGCUAUACGAACAUUUGAUGGUAUCAUUGGCCUGAGAUCUUUUAAUACAUAUGAUGAUAGAGUAACGCCUAUCUUUGACAAUAUGAUUGAACAAGGUCUAGUGUCAUCACGUAUUUUCAGUUUUUAUCUAAAUAGAAACACUUCAGCCGAUUUAGGUGGCAAAUUAAUAUUCGGUGGUUCCGAUCCCGCUUGUUAUGAAGGGGAUUUUACAUACAUUCCUGUUUUACAUAUAUUUACUGACAAAGGAUACUGGCAAUUUAUCAUUGAUAGUAUCCAAAUAAAUGAAAAUUUUACUUUGUGCGAGGCAAGCUGCUAUGCUACCGUUGACACAAGUGCUUGGAAAAUAAUUGGACCAGAAAAGGAUGUUUCAUCUAUUAAUCGAUUUAUUGAAACUAAUUCACAAGGAAGAGUGGACUGCGAUCGAAUUUUCCAAUUGCCUACAAUCAGGUUUAAUUUGGGUGGUAAGGCGUUCAAUCUUACCGGUAGAGAUUACAUCAUUCGGCAUCCAAAUGAUGAAAGUAUAUGUAUAACCGUCUUCUGGAAACGUCAACUAAAUAAUGAGCCAACAUAUAACAAUAAAAUACAAUGGGUUCUGGGCAUGCCAUUUAUUGGCCGUUACUACACCGAGUUUGAUAUGGAAAAGCACCGAAUGGGAUUUGCUUUGGCGAAAAAUUCAUCAAAAUGUAUAGAAAACCUUUCAUUGUCGCCAUUUAUUGAUUGUAACUACACCGAGUUUGACAUAGAGGAAGACCGAGUGGAAUUUGCUUUGUUGAAAAAUUCAUCGAAAUGUAUAGGAAAUCUUUCAUUGUCACCUUUUAUUUUAUACUUCAUCAUCAAUUUUUUAAAUUAUUGGUUUAAAUAAUUUUUUGAAUUAUUAUUUUAAAUUUUAGUUUUCGAUAGGAAAAAAACUGAAUCUUUUUUAUUCGCCAAUCGACAAAGUUUGUAUAUUAUCAAUAUGAAUUUUUGCGUAACAUGUACAUAAUUGUGCCUUAAUUUUCAACAACAAUCUUUUAUCGUGAAAGCAGCUAAUAUAAGUUUAUUGUUAAUUAAAAGGACUUAGCAAAUGAUACUGCGCGCUAAAAGGAAUUUUAGCGUGCAGUGUCAUUUGCUAAGCUUGUUGUUGUAUGGCUGUCUAAUCCACAUAAUCAAUCUAUUCUUUCGAAGAGCUGAUUUCUCCUUUACUAUCAUUCUUAAUCGCUCGCACAUUUAAUAAUUUAUUUUAAUAAAAUUUGUUUUCGAGCAAUCAAAUUUAAAAAUAUUUUAUUUAAUAUUUUGUUUUUUAAUUAAAAACAAAAUAUUAAAUAAAAUAUUUUUAAAUUUGAUUGCUCGAUAGACGGAUCGAUAACACGGAUAUGUUUCAAAUGCGCGCGAUUGUAUAUACAGCAGCUGCCAAAUGUCGAUAAAUGAUAGCUUUAGUAGUCGAGUACAAUUUGCUAUUUUGUUCAGUUACAACGUACGAAAAGAAAUUUGCCAGAAAUUUCGAAAACAUAUUCCGCUUUCACAUGACUGUGGUGUUGAUCGACGCGGAAAAUCAAAGCUAAAUUCAUACAUUGUAUUGUAUGUGUACAUUAUACAUAUAUUGAUAUAAUAAAUAUUGAUUUUAUAAAAAUUGAUCUAUCGCGUCAUGAUCACAUUCGACUUUCUGAAAUCCAAAACCUAUGUAAAAGUGAUU